AUGUCAAGGCAAGCUAGUCCCCCUCCUGCUUUUCCUCCUACACCCGAGGACGAGACGGGCAUGGCUGAGCUGCAUCCUGACUGCGGCCGUGCGAAAUCGACCCAAGGAAUUACUCCAGUCAGUCGCAGUGGCAUCAUGGACAGUGUUGUUGAUACUCCAACGUCUCCCUCAUCGUCUCUCGCCCUCUCACGCUUCGAGUUCGAGUAUGGAAAGGGUAACGAGGGCGGUAUGGGUUGCAGUCACAGCGAGAGCAAGGAUGAGGACUUGAUACUCUGGACGAAACCCAUGCCGGCCAUCUAUCCGACCAGUCUUGGAUCAGAGCCAGGUCAGGCCGGCAGGCGGGGCGUACUGCACACCCUGUGGGCCAGACAAAAUCUUGCAGGCCUAGAAGCUGAGAUUGAGGCCGAGAUGAAAGUCAACAGCGAGAGCGUGGGAUUGCAGAUUGCACUCCAGGAGCAAGGCUGGAUUUCAACCCACUUUGGAGCCAGUCAUACCGGCCAUCCCAAGGCGAUCUCGCCAUAUCUACCGAGCACCGUGGGCGCUGACCAGAUUGCCCUAUCACGGUCACCGAUAGGCGGGAAGCUCGGCGAAAAGCUCAGUGGUCUGAGAUUGGCAACGUCACCUACUGAGCUGGCGGCGGCGCUACACAAUGCCGUUGACGUACCAAUGCUGGCAGCCAUUGGCACCAGUGUGGGCCUCCGCACCUCCAUCGAACCGCACAUUAGCGUUCAUGGCUCACUCGAUGCCGUCGUUGGCGAGAGCCAAAAUGGAACAGUAAUACAAACGACGACGCGAACUUAG